AUGACCGCCUCUCUGCUCCCGCCGCCGGCGACCUUCGAGCUGAGCGUCAACGUCGAGGCGCGCGACAUCUACCUCUUCCCGUCGCGCAAGACGUCAGCCGAGGCCUCGCUCACCGACCUGGGCCUCGCCUCGUCAUCGGCCGCCUCGACGUCGUCGGCGACCAACAACCUCAACUCGGCCAUCAUCUACGCCUCGUGCGAGCUCACCGUACCGCCGCUCGAUGCCCGCACCGCCUCCUCCUCCUCCUCGUCGGCGCAGCAGGGGCGGCGGAGGCUAAAGAGCCUCACGCUCUCGCUCGUCGGUCGCGAGACGAUCGCGUUCCCCUCGGGCAGGUACGAGCAGAACGACACCCACGACGAGACGGCCAACUUUGACGAGUCCCUCGCCCAGCUCCUCGCCGACCCCAACGGCCUCGAGCCGAGAAAGACGUACCGCUUCGAGCGCAGCUUCUUUGUCGACCACUGCUCGGCGCCCUACCAGCGCUCCAAGUUCGGCCGCAACGUCAUCAAGGUCGUGGCAAAGGCAACCUUCCACGGCCUGUUCGCCAAGACUCUGACUGCGGAAAAGCGGGUGUACCUGAUCGACUGCGAGGAGGACACGGGUAACGAAAUGCUCUGGUACGAGCGCACCAUCGCCCGAGACUCGGACAGCAUUGGCCCCUACGUCCUCGACGCCCGCUCCAACAUCUUCACGGUCGGAGGCUACCUGCGGCUGGGGUUCGAGCUGCUCAGUCCUCCGGCCAAGCUGCGUACGGUGGCGUGUCGGGCGUACGUGGUGCAGCGCUGCACGUUGCGCUCGCGGCGGUCCAAGUCGGGCCACACCGAGGAGGUGACGCCGGAGCGGGUGCGCUUCCUCGACCUGUCGCGCGACGACAUCCGGCAGUCGGUGCUCAAGCUGCGGCGCGAGCGAGCCCAAGAGGGCGCGUCGGACGACCUCACGCCGGGCGAUUUGAGCGGGCCGCUGCGCUUCGACUCGCUGGUGCGCCUGCCGGACGACGACCUGAUCCGACCUUCGACGGCGACGGGCAACAAUGCGGCGAUCCGGUUCGAGCACAGCAUCGAGUUGGAGCUCGACUACGUCGACGGCGAGGCCUGCGAUGGCGACAAGGCCAAGGCGGCGGCGGCGGGACCGCUGCUUUCGGUCGACGGGCAGAAGCUCAAGCGCUUCCGGAUCGCAUGGCCGGCGACGAUUGGGUCGUGCGUAUGCCGCUGGGGCUCGAUGACGCUGCCGCCGUACGCGUGCGUCGACCCGUCCCUGGGCGAAAAGGGGGAGCGGAUGUCGCUGUGGCCGUUGGCGCCAUCGCCGCCGCCGGUGUCGAGGAGCUUUGAGGCGAGCCGGGCCGCCGCUGAGGGGGCGGGGAGCAGCGACGUCGGAGGCUGCGCGGCGUGCACCUGCACAACGGCGCUCGACACGUUGCUCGAGUUUGAGCGCGGUGUGCUGCGGCAGCAGGAGUCCGAGAUGCUCCAGUUUGACUCGGGCUACGGCGACCGGCCAGAGAGCUGGGAGUGCCAGCGCAAGAGCGAGCCAAGGCCAUCGUGGUCGUCGUCGUCGUCGUUUGUAUCGCGGUAA